UCUUCUUCCUCUUCUUCUUCGACGGCUGCUCCAAGGCAAAGAACGAAGCCAGCUCCGUUCAGUCUCCAAAUCGUCAAUGACGGAAUUCCGAUCGUCUUCCUCGCCGGAGAUAAUCCACCGGUCUGUGUAAUUCUGACUGUUUGCUCUAUGUCUAUUUAAUUUAAUUUGAUAAUUAUUCGUUGAAAUCGCCGGAGGGUUUGGGCGGGUUCUUCCCGGCUCCUUUUCCAUGCCCGAGCAGUCGGCGCUACCGGCGGCUCUCUCAUUCGGUUGACGUUAUCCCCACCGUCUGUGGCGGCGGGUGGGGUGAUCAGCCUCGCCGUUAAAUGUCUAUCACCGACAACCGCGCCGGUACCACUAACUCGGCCGACCGCCGACGCUCCUCGUCCACGUCCUCCGCCAUCACCUCUGCGAAGCGGAAACUGGACGAUUAUGCCUCGGCGGUCCCUGAGGGUGACGAAGCAGCUGAUUUCGCGGCCGAUUUAGUCACCGUAAGGAUGCGGAAGGAGGAGUUCGAGGCCGUCCACUGCUCAGCCGUCGCCGCCGCUGUUGCCGCUGCCUCCUCUUCCUCGUGGGCGUCUCCGUCUCAGUCCUCACCGUUCCGGUAUGUCCGGUCGGCCUCUCCGUCUCAGCUUCAAUUCUUCGUGAGGAUGAUGUCUGAAGGCAAGACCCUGGUGAUCCAGGCGACUUGCAUGGAUACCGUGAAGUCGGUUCACGAGAAGAUCCACAAGCUCACCGGGAUUCCCGUCAGUGAGCAGAGACUGAUUUAUAGGGGGAAGCAGCUUCAGUGGGAGCAAUCCCUAGCUCAGUGUGCCAUUGAAAAGGAUGCUAGCCUCCAGUUGGUGGGUCGAAUGCGUAGCACGGAGCAUCCACAAGCUUGGCAGUAUAUCGACGAUAUGAUCUCCAUUGUCCGCCGUCUAUGUAAAGGUGAAGCUGUUCCAUACGCUCUGAAAAUUAUAAAGACUCGCAUAUCUGAAUAUUUGUCUAUAACUCCAAAGGAUGACUACAACACAUCUCCGGGACAUCUUCAGAUAUUCAUGUCCUCUUCGGCCCCCUUGGCUCUUAUAAUGCUUUGUAUCUCCCCCGUUAAGGGAAACAAGAAGAUUGGCGAGGAAGCCAUUCGGCAUUUCUUGUAUUUGACAAAAACUGCAUUGCCGAAGGCUUCUCAUUCUCUCUGUGCGCCGAUAGUGCUGAAAUUUUGUAAGCUGCUCAGGGAGGUUCCUCAAUAUGAGCUGCUGCCACUUUACUCCUCUUGUCGGACUUGCAUCGGCUCAUUGCUGGAGACAAUUGGGCUUUCACAGACUUCCAAGAAUUUAGACAGUGUAGAGAGAGUAAUUUCGGUGGAAGAGAUAUUCCCUUUUGUUAGUGAGCUAGCGGAUAGUUUGUAUGGAGGUUUGGAUUCUAAUAUUGCUUCCACUGCAGGCUUAGGGCCAUUGCAGAGCGAUGUCAAUGACUUUGCUAUGUUCUUACCCCAUAUCCGUACUGCCAUUCGCGAGCACUUGGGGUUCAGGUGCCCGAUUCCAGUGCCUCCGCCGGAGAAGGGCUGUGAUGAUCCAAAGUUUGUUGAUAUAAUUGUGCAUCUUUAUGAGAUUUUUAUGGGCAUGUUGCGGAGAAUGGAUUGUUGUCUUCUGGAGAUGGAGAAGCACUUGGCUUCAAAAUCGACAUCGAGUGGGGAAAGUGAUAUAUUUUUUCAAGGACCGUCUCAGUAUCUUGCUAUACUGAAAGAGCUGAAUGCUAUCUCCAAACUCUACGUGGGUUCCGAAGAACAUUUUUGGACUAAAAUGAGGCUAAGAAAACGUGCUCUGUGUGCUUUAAUUCUCAAGUAUGUGAAGCGAACCGAUGAUAAUCAGUGGCUUCUAGAGCAUAAGGAUGUUACUGAUUUUGAAGCAAGGAGGCAUAUGAUGAUGAUGCUGUUCCCCGAAGUGAAAGACGAUUAUGAUGAGCAACAUGAGAUGCUUAUUGACAGGUCACAGCUACUGGCAGAAUCUUUCAACUAUGUGUCUGAGGCAGACCCAGAAUCUCUACACGGCAACUUGUUCAUGGAAUUCAAAAAUGAGGAAGCCACUGGUCCUGGAGUGGUGCGAGAGUGGUUUUUCCUGGUCUGCCAAGCUAUUUUCAAUCAAGAGAAUGCUCUUUUCGUUGCUUGCCCAAACGACUGCUCUAGGUUCUAUCCUAAUCCUGCUUCCAAAGUUGAUCCCUUGCACCUCAAGUACUUCAAGUUUGCUGGUCGUAUGAUAGCCUUGGCUUUGAUGCACAAAGUGCAAAUAGGUGUCGUUUUGGACCGCAUAUUCUUCUUACAAUUGGCUGGGUUCCAAGUUUCUUUGGAAGAUAUAAAAGAAGCAGAUCCUUGUCUCUAUAGUAGCUGCAAACAGAUUCUUGAAAUGGAUCCUGAAUUUAUUGAUGCAGAUGCCCUAGGACUAACAUUUGUGAGGGAAGUCGAAGAACUGGGGUUGAAAAAAGUCAUUGAGCUUCUCCCUGGGGGAGCAAACCUUGUUGUGAACAGCAAAAACCGGAGUGACUACGUUAAUCUUCUCGUGAAGCAUCAGUUUGUGACUUCCAUCUCCGAGCAAGUAGCUCAUUUUGCACAAGGGUUUGCCGAUAUUUUUUCCAGCUCCCGAACGAUAAAGGUUUUCUUUCGGAGCUUAGAGCUUGAAGAUCUUGAUUUUAUGUUACGAGGAAGCGCAGAUGACAUAUCUGUCCAAGAUUGGAAGGCACAUACUGAAUACAAUGGUUAUAAAGAGACUGACCCUCAGAUAGUUUGGUUCUGGAAGAUUGUGAGCGAGUUGACAACUCAGCAGAGAAGGGAGCUGCUCUUCUUCUGGACUUCAGUGAAGCAUCUUCCCGUAGAGGGCUUUCGAGGCUUGGCUUCUCGUCUCCACAUUUACAGGUCCUUGGAGCCCAUCGCUCACCUCCCGACCUCUCAUACUUGCUUCUAUCGCCUCUGCUUUCCCGCUUAUCCUUGCUUGUCUGUGAUGCAAGCUCGCUUGCUCAUCAUUACCCAAGGGCAUGUGGGCUCCAGCUUCGGAACUUUUUAGAAAGGGAAAAAGAUUGAGAAGGAGAAAGUUUGGCUGCAUGAGUCAGGUUAGAUGUGAUCUUAGUUAACUGCACAUAGAAGAAAGAUGAUUCGAGUGGUAGCUUCUGUACAGAGUAUAGGGCAGAAGACAAUUAUCCCAGUCUCUUUUCGUUGUCAGAAAGGUGCAUAUAGGGUAUCGGCAUCGUGGAAUUCUGCAGUGCUCUCUCAAUGGUAAAAUUGCUGUCGUCUUCUGUCGCAUUUUGCGCCUUCUUUUGUCAUGUCUUUUGAAGUCUUAGCAGGCUGAUCUAGAUGCUGCUUAUAUAUAAAUAAAGCUCCAGACUGGGAAUAUGUGACCUUCAUUUCAUGUCAUUUUGGUUCAUAAUCAGCAAUGCUUCCUUAUAAGAUCCUGUAAACUGGCAUUGGCUGCCGGAAUCUGGCGGUUGAUGUUGGGAAUUGUCGUUGAUUGGUGUGCCACGUAAUUGGAGUUGCUUAUUUGGCGGUGGA